AACAUAUUCUCCACUUCGUCCUCUCCCUUUUCCGGUUUUCGUCGUUUCCCUCCUUUUUAACCCCAACCCCUCGCCGCGAUUGAUAAGCAUCCUAACCUUGGAAUUCCUUCAAAUCCCUUGCGGGCCUUUAAUUCUUUAUAGUCUCUCCCUCGCUUUCAUCCAUGGACGGCCAUUACACCCCUUACAAUCCUCGCACGGUAGAAGAAGUUUUCAAGGACUUCAAGGGCCGGCGAGCCGGCGUGAUUAAAGCCCUCACCAACGAUGUGGAUGAUUUCUACCAGCAGUGCGACCCAGAUAAGGAAAAUUUGUGUCUUUAUGGAUUUCCCAGUGAGCAGUGGGAAGUUAAUCUUCCUGCAGAAGAGAUUCCACCAGAAUUACCCGAGCCUGCUUUGGGCAUUAACUUUGCCAGGGAUGGAAUGCGAGAGGAAGAUUGGUUAUCUUUGGUUGCAGUACACAGCGAUGCAUGGCUAAUUUCCGUUGCGUUCUAUUUUGGUGCUAGGUUUGGAUUUGAUAAGGCUGAAAGGAAGCGACUCUUUGAUAUGAUUAAUGACCUGCCUACUAUAUUUGAAGUUGUGAGCCGAAAGCAUAAUGCGAGGUCUUUAGGCCCUUAUCAUCGCAUCAACAAAAGUAAAUCAAUUCCUAAAAUGCAGCAUGCAUUAGAUCCUCAGGCCAUGAUGAACACAAAGGGUUCACAGCAGCAGGAAGAAGAGGAUGAAGAUGUGGAGGAAGAGGAAGAAGAAGAUGAGCAUGCGGAUGCCCUUUGUGGGGCCUGUGGGGAAAAUUAUGGCUCAGGUGAGUUCUGGAUAUGCUGUGAUGUCUGCGAGAAGUGGUUCCAUGGCAAGUGUGUUAAGAUUACACCCGCAAAAGCAGAACACAUCAAGCAAUACAAGUGCCCUACAUGCAGCAACAACAAAAGAUCUCGCCCUUCUUGAAGGUUUUUACUCGGCUUCUUUUUCUCUUGUUUUGUAAGAAUGUUUAAUUUUGCAACUAAUUUGGGAUCCAUGCAUGAUGCUAGAUUUUCAAGACGGUAGGUAUUCUUUUGCUUGGAUUGAUGUAAUGAUUAGGUUGUUUUUAAGAGUCAAAUUUUUAUUUACAUUUAAUUAAAAAAAAUCAUUUCUAAUACUUUUGAACCAA